AACUGUCGGCCUGUGCGUUCCACACACAGGAAGUGAGUUUUUUCAGGUCCCUUAGGCCACUUGGUUCUAGCAUCUACCCGGCCAGUCUCCGUCAAGAUCAGAUUCCUCAAAGAAGCCCCCUUUUUGCUUUGAUGACAGCUUUGCACACUCUUGGCAUUCUCUCAAUCAGCUUCAUGAGGGGGAACAGCUGACUGAUAUGAAGAUAAAUGAUAUAGACAGAGAAGAAGAGACGUAUGUGACUGAUAUGAAGGCAGAAGAUAUAGACAGAGAAGAAGAGACGUAUGUGACUGAUAUGAAGGCAGAAGAUAUAGAGGGAGAAGAAGAGACGUAUGUGACUGAUAUGAAGGCAGAAGAUAUAGAGGGAGAAGAAGAGACAUAUGUGACUGAUAUGAAGGCAGAAGAUACAGAAGGAGAAAAAGAGAUGUAUGUGACUGAUAUGAAGGCAGAAGAUGCAGAGGGAGAAGAAGAGACGUAUGUGACUGAUAUGAAGGCAGAAGAUAUAGACAGAGAAGAAGAGACGUAUGUGACUGAUAUGAAGGCAGAAGAUAUAGACAGAGAAGAAGAGACGUAUGUGACUGUUAUGAAGGCAGAAGAUAUAGAGGGAGAAGAAGAGACGUAUGUGACUGAUAUGAAGGCAGAAGAUAUAGAGGGAGAAGAAGAGACGUAUGUGACUGAUAUGAAGGCAGAAGAUAUAGAGGGAGAAGAAGAGACAUAUGUGACUGAUAUGAAGGCAGAAGAUACAGAAGGAGAAAAAGAGAUGUAUGUGACUGAUAUGAAGGCAGAAGAUGCAGAGGGAGAAGAAGAGACGUAUGUGACUGAUAUGAAGGCAGAAGAUAUAGAGGGAGAAGAAGAGACGUAUAUGAUGGGUGAUCAGCAGUGUAAGGAGGAGGAAAUCCCUACAGAUAUCAGCAUAGUAGAUGGCGGCACAAACCGGAAUGCCUUGGAGGGAGAUCUCAUCUUGUCUGCAGAUACUAAAACAGAAGAUAACAUCACACAGGAUUCUCCAGGAGACAGCGCUGUUAUGCUAAAUAUACAUCCAGUACCGCACAGCACAGAUAUAUCAUCUGAUCCCCCUAACUGCGAGGACUGUUCUCCUGAUACCUCAGAUUCUGUUACACAUAGUGCAGCUCAUACACCUGAUAAUAUAUUUCCCUGUUCUGAGUGUGGGAAAUGUUUUACACGGAAAUCACAUCUUGUUACACAUCAGAGAAUUCACACAGGUGAGAAGCCAUUUCCAUGCUCUGAGUGUGGGAAAUGUUUUACACAGAAAUCACAUCUUGUUAUACAUCAGAGAAAUCACACAGGUGAGAGGCCAUUUCCAUGUUCUGAGUGUGGGAAAUGUUUUACCUGUAAAUCACAACUUGUUAUACAUCAGAGAAGUCACACAAGUGAGAGGCCAUUUCCAUGUUCUGGGUGUGGGAAAUGUUUUAUACGGAAAUCACAUCUUGUUACACAUCAGAGAAGUCACACAGGUGAGAAGCCAUUUUCAUGUUCUAAGUGUGGGAAAUGUUUUACACAAAAAUCAAGUCUUGUUAAACAUCAGAGAAGUCACACAGGUGAGAGGCCAUUUCCAUGCUCUGAUUGUGGGAAAUGUUUCAUACAAAAAUCAAGUCUUAUUAAACAUCAGAGAAGUCACACAGGUGAGAAGCCAUUUUCAUGCUCUGAGUGUGGGAAAUGUUUCACACAAAAAUCAAGUCUUGUUAAACAUCAGAGAAGUCACACAGGUGAGAAGCCAUUUUCUUGCUCUGACUGUGGGAAAUAUUUUGCACAGAAAUCAGAUCUUAUUAAACAUCUGAAAAGUCACACAGGUGAGAGGCCAUUUCCAUGCUCUGAGUGUGGGAAAUGUUUUAAACACAAAUCACAUCUUGUUACACAUCAGAGAAGUCACACAGGUGAGAGGCCAUUUCCAUGUUCUGAGUGUGGGAAAUGUUUUAAACACAAACCACAUCUUGUUAAGCAUCAGAGAAGUCACACAGGUGUGAGGCCAUUUCCAUGUUCUGGGUGUGGGAAAUGUUUUACAGAGAAAUCAAGUCUUGUUACACAUCACAGAAGUCACACAGGUGAGAGGCCAUUUCCAUGUUCUGAGUGUGGGAAAUGUUUUAAACGCAAAUCACAUCUUGUUAUACAUCAGAGAAGUCACACAGGUGAGAAGCUGUUUUCAUGUUCUGAGUGUGGGAAUUAUUUUACACAGAAAUCAGAUCUUGUUAGACAUCAGAGAAGUCACACAGGUGAGAAGCCAUUUCGAUGCUCUGAGUGUGGGAAAUAUUUUACACAGAAAUCAGAUCUUAUUAAACAUCAGAAAAGUCACACAGGUGAGAGGCCAUUUCCAUGUUCUGAGUGUGGGAAAUAUUUUACACAGAAAUCAGAUCUUGUUAGACAUCAGAGAAGUCACACAGGUGAGAAGCCAUUUCGAUGCUCUGAGUGUGGGAAAUAUUUUACACAGAAAUCAGAUCUUAUUAAACAUCAGAAAAGUCACACAGGUGAGAGGCCAUUUCCAUGUUCUGAGUGUGGGAAAUAUUUUACACAGAAAUCAGAUCUUGUUAGACAUCAGAGAAGUCACACAGGUAAGAAGCCAUUUCGAUGCUCUGAGUGUGGGAAAUGUUUUACAGGUAAAUCACAUCUUGUUACGCAUCAGAUUUCACACAGGAGAAGCAUUACUAUGAGUUGAUACAAAACAGGUUUGAAGCAACACUCCUGUCACACAGUAUUUUAACACUUUAUGUUAUCCUUCCACAUAUUGGAAUGUGUGUCAUUAAUAUAAGAUGACUAGAUCACUCCGGUGGAACUUUUAGUAAUUUCCUCUGUAUAUUUUCUAAGACUCUGUGUUGGCCAGUCAACUUCUUCUACAACAAAGUCAUCAAACCAUGAGGGUCAUUCAGAGUUGAUCGCACGGUGCAACUUUUUGCUGCCUGUGCGAUCAACUAGACACCGCUUAUGUGGGAGGGUUUUUUUGCAUAGCAAGGCUGCGAACGCUUGUGCAACCGUGCUAUGCAAAAACAUUUUUUGCAGUUUCUAAGUAGCUUCAGACGUACCCGCUGCGAUGUCUUCAGCCUGUCAGGUCCCGGAAUUGAUGUCAGACACCUGCCCUGCAAAUGCCUGUACACGCCUUCGUUCUCCACUCCCAGAAAAUGUUCAGUUGUCGCCCCGGAACGUUUUCCUUCUGCAAUCUUCUAGCGAUCGCUGCUGCAAUCCCUUUCUUUGCUGUUUCGGUCGUUGCCCAGCGACUGCUGUCGCUGGACAACGACGCGCAUGCACAGAGCCAACCCGUUCGCACAGCUGUGAAAAAGUGCAGCGUGCAAACGGGUUGGAAUUAUGUAAAAAAAAGGGGGGGGAUAGGAGCGCUAAUAUCAGCUAAAAUGUGUGUUAAAAAUAAUGAACAAUUUAUUUGACUACUGCACUGCAGAAUGUUUACACUCUUUUUAGAGUAUAUGUAUUGGAAACCGGGUUGCCGGUAUGGAGAUGUGUAAGUGUCCGAGUUCCAUAUCCUUGUGGGCAGUAGGUGGGUUCCCUAGCUGUCUGUCCCUAUCCUACCUUCCUCUCCCGUGGCGCUGGUCACUCGUCCUCACAGUCUCUCCUUUCCUGGCAUGCUGCACGAUACCGGAAGUGCUCGUUCCGUGACUUCUAGUGUGACGUGUAUCCGGUUCCCAGCAUCCAACGCGUUUCGUAACGUUGCACUUUGUCAAGGAAGAAGGCUGAUGUUGUUGGAUUGAGUCUUUAUAGACUGAAAUCUUCAAUAACUUUAUUAGUAAAAAUUGUUAAAAAUGCAAGUCCUUAAAGAAGUGACUUCACAAAAAGAGCGGGUAGCACAUGUUUAUGACUUUGCAGUGUAUCUAUAUGAAUUGAAAUCAUUUAAAAAUUAAUUUCAUUAAAAACAAUUCUUUAUAAAGAAUGUUACCUGAGUUCUUGCUUUUUCUUUGUUUGACAUUCCGAAUCUAAAAAUGUUUGUUUAUAAAAAAAACUUUCGUUCUAUGUCUGUAUUGAGCCCCCGUGGCAUCAUUGCUUGAAGCUCAUAUAUCCAUUUUGUCUCUGUUUUUUUAAGUUCCGUUACUAUUACCCCUUUUCCACCUACGUACCGUGUCCGAUCCGGGAUGUUUAACACGGCUACAACCCGUGUCGGCUCCCCCGUUUCCACUACACUUCGACACGGGUUAUUCCCGUGUCUGAUCUGUUUCCACUUAACCCGGGUAAGCUCUGUAAAAGCCUAUUGCUGUCAUUACAAAUGGACUUUUUACUGUCUCAUCAAGAUGAUGUCAUCAAAAGGACCAAAAGGGAGGGGUGGGGCCUGCUCGCAGCAUUGCAGCAAUGGACGCCGGUGCAGUAGCUGUGUCUAGCAUGGAGUCGCAGACUGUUUGCAGUUUACUGCUG